AUGUCACAUUACUCAAUUAUUCACUGGUCUUCAUUAAGUUCCAAGAAGACAGAAGUUCUUAAUGUUUCUGGUCAUGUGGCCCCAUGCGAGAAACACCCAGGAAGUUUACUGGAGGGAUUUACUCAGACUCAAGUUAGUACUCUGGCAGUGCGUGACAAUUUAUUGAUUGCUGGGGGAUUUCAAGGAGAGCUUAUUUGCAAGAAUCUAGACCGAACCGGGGUUACUUUUUGUACCAGGACAACUUAUGAUGACAAUGCAAUCACAAAUGCAAUUGAAAUCUAUGACAGUCCAAGUGGUGCUGUUCAUUUCAUGGCUACAAAUAAUGAUUGUGGAGUACGAGACUUUGAUAUGGAGAGAUUUCAGCUUAUCAAGCACUUCUCUUAUCCUUGGCCUGUAAAUCACACCUCUCUGAGUCCAGAUGGCAAAGUCAUCAUUAUUGUUGGAGACAGCCCUGAUGGAAUGCUCGUGGAUUCUCAAACAGGGAAGACUGUCACGCACCUACAAGGACACUUGGAUUUCUCUUUUGCUUCUGCAUGGCAUCCAAAUGGUCAUAUCUUUGCCACUGGAAACCAGGACAAGACUUGCCGUAUAUGGGAUGUUAGGAACGUUUCAAAGCCAGUAGAUGUACUAAAAGGAAACCUAGGUGCUAUUCGAUCAAUCCGUUUCACAUCCGAUGGGCAAUUCAUGGCGAUGGCUGAGCCAGCUGAUUUUGUUCAUGUCUAUGAUGUGAAGAAUGGUUUUGAGAAAGAGCAAGAGAUUGAUUUUUUUGGCGAGAUCUCUGGGCUUUCUUUCAGUCCUGAUACAGAUUCCCUCUUCAUUGGAGUGUGGGAUCGCACUUAUGGUAGCCUUUUUCAGUACAACCGAUGCAGGAACUACUCAUAUCUAGAUAGUCUACUGUGA